AUGCAAUAUUUUCAUAAGUAUUCAAUCAUGAAAUUAUUUCUUGUCGCUCUCGUUUGUUUUAUUGGCAUCUGCUCUACUCAAGCCUAUCAAUGUUAUCGGUGUGAUAGUGCUAGUAAGCCGGGUUGUAAUGAUCCUUUUAAUAGCGCACAAGCUGAAGCACAAUGGAAAGUCGAGGCAAAGGCUAAUGAACGAUGUAAAAAAGUCAAAGUCUUUGGUGGUCUCAGAGACAAAGAUCAUGAAAAUAUCCUCAAAUUAACAGAAAAAAGAAGACGAAUACAAGAAAAAUGUCCUUAA